GGCCGGGAUCGAACCCGACCCGAUAAGCGGCAUAGUAAACAACCUGGAGAUCAGCCUCUAAACCGAGAAGUCGUAUUUGCCCUCUGAUUUCAUAGGCUUGCUGUCGUCGUCAGGGAAGCGAUCCCAAUUGCCUUCAAACCCUAAUUUCGAGAAUUUCUCCAUCGAAUCGCUCACGGGGAAAAUGACUGAGGUAGUAACUGAUGCUAAUGCUGGAAAUAGACGACGUUUACCAUCAUGGAUGCUGCAGGUAAAAUCUGGUGCUGAACAAAGAAAAUCUGCAGGUAAAGAUGCAAAAUGUUCUCGACCAGAAGAAGAGACCAAGAGUCAAGCAGCUCGGUCUAAGAUAAAACCUGAUCAAAAGAUUCAAUACCCUAACUCAGGAGUCUCCACAGCAAUCAGAUAGCUUGCAAGGGCGUGAGGCAAGGCGAAGAACCAAAAAAAAACAACAAGAAAAGAUGAUGGUCCCUCCACUUCUUUAACGGUUCGUAGUGGGGCUAAGAGAAAAAUCAAGAGGAAGAUCCUUGAAACAUCAGUAAAUGAAAGUACUGCUGCUACAAAGAAGCAUGUAAAGAGUAAAAGGCUCAAAAAUAACGAGUUGGAAGUAGUAUCCCCAGGAAGGAGCGACAAAGAAAUAUCAUUGACAGCUGAAGAUCUUCUCACCAUUGCAGAAGAGUAUGUCGUUGCUGGUAAGGAACAACAAAAUGAACUACUAGCUUCAAGAGAGUGCACAUCAGAAACAAAUCCUUCAAACCUGUCAAUUUCGUCGAAGGCUAUUAAGGGCGGAGCUCUCCAAGCUGGUGAAUCCAGUCACAUAUUAUCCAGAUGCACAAGUACCAAUCAUAGUUCUCGUCUAAGUGAGAAUGAAGAGAAGGAAAGAGAGAACCGCAAAAGUGGAAAUUUCUCUGGUAACAUUAUAAGCACAGGAGACAGUGCUCAAUAUAUGGUGAAUCUCUAUCUAGGUCCUUUUAUGAUGAAAUCCCCAUGCAAGGAGCAGAGUAUUCAGAAAAUUGAACCAAAAAGAUUGGUGUCAGCUCAGACAAUCGAAUCAAAGAGAUGGACGUCAGCUCAGACAAUUGACUCAAACGGAUUGCCAUCAAUUCAGGAAAUUGAAGCAAAAGAAUUGCCCUCAAUUUGGGCAAUUGAAUCAAAAGCAUUACCAUCAAUCUAUGAAUUAAACAAACAGCUCACAAGCCAUGAAUUUUCGAAAGAAGAGGCACCCUUGAUGAAGAAGAAGAGCAGUCUCAAGGACAAGGUGGCUAUGUUCUUUGACCAGUCAGAUAAAUUUUGAGGAGAAUGACAUACUAAUUAAUUAACCAGAUCAAAAGGAAGAGGAUGAUGAGGAAGUCACUAUCAGUGUGAGGACAUCAAUCCAAAGGUCUUUGGUGAGAAGAGGCAUGGCGGAUAUCGAUUUAGCCAAAGGAAGCAUGUUUCCCUGGUGCAAUUUCAGGAAAACACUGCCCGUUGUAUCCCAAAACUUCAGCUAGAAUGCUGGCAAUGGUGCUAGCAAGCUCUGAAAGUGAGCAUGCAGGUUUCUUCAUCACCUCCCUCCCAAUGUCAGUGGUCAUUACCUUUGAUAUUCUUAACUACCUGUCUAAACUGGGUUAGUAAAAUGAAAAUUUCCAGUAAGUUUGAAAACAUCAUAGAGGGCAUAUAGGAGAAGACUUCUUUUUUAAUGUACA